AUGAUGUUGGAGAAUUGGCGCAAAGAGUAUGAGGAGCUGCUGCCCUACUGUGUGCAAGAUCCGGAGAGUCAGAAGGAGAACACUCUGACCGGACUCGUUCGCAGGUUCUUGCAAGAGUUCUCAACACUUUGUUGCUUGAUUGAGCCCAAAGACCUUGAUGGCGAGGCUAUCGACGCCUUGCGUGCUGCUCAGAAGCCUGGUACUGCGCAUAGCACAACCGACUCGGCAGAUCCAUUGUUCGUCCACAUCCAGAAGGCCUACGCCGACAUUUACACCCAGCAGGACAAGGGCGUUGUGUUCAUUGCCAUGCGGGUGGCACUCGCCUACCUGCUUCAUGCCCAGGUAUCGCUUGAUGUCAUCAAAGAUGUUGCGGAGUUUGCGCCUGUCCUUGGAAGAGAUGGGGCUGCUGGCAUGCUGGACACUGACUACAUGCUUGCAUCGUGCCUGGGAUCAGCAACCCGCUUGCAGAACAAGCGUCAUCCAGGCAAUGCCAGCGCCAUCGAGCAGGGGAAAUCGCGCCACGCAAGGAGCCAGAUGACAUUGCAGCAAAUGAUUCAGGAGUCCAAAGACUUUCAGUACCCAAUGUCCAACCCCUUCGAGGAUUUCUGCCACAUUGUCGUGGCCCACUUCUUCGAUGAGACCUUUGAGAACAUUUCCCAGGAGCUUUCCACUAAGUGUCAUCAGAUUCAGCUGUGCACUCCUGCAUAUGCUCCCAUGUGCUACCACCUGGGCCCUCUCUUUGUGCACCAGGAUUCCCAGCACAUGGGCAACUAUGCAAAGGCCAACCCGAUAGACCAUUUCUCGUCUCGCUUCUUCCAGUCUGGCCAAAAACCGCAAGAGUACAAGGACCCGAAUGGCCAGCUGUUCGAUGUUUCGGAAGAGACCGCAGGUGCAGUGUCCACAAUCAACGGCCUUCAAAAGGUGGACUACAAAGACAAGGCCAAGCUCCUCAGCAGCCUCAUCAAAUCCAACAAGCUGCCGGACACCAUUGGGGCCUUUGAGAACAGCAGCCACCACGGCAAGUUUGAUGAGGCAUCGCUGAACUACGUGUGCAAGAGGCAUAUCUCAUGCGCAGUCAACAAGACCAGGGACGACAUUCUCCUGUCCUGUGAUGCCCACAUGUAUGAGUUCACGCAUCCCACGAAGCAAGGGCAGCACCUCAAAGCUGUCAUGGACCGCUUCGAGUCCCUCGCCCUGGGCUACCCGUACCCCUUUCGAUCCAGCGAUCGCCCAGGAGCCAAAGAAUACCGCGAUGUCGAGAAUGUGAUUCCCUUCCUGUUCCACCAUCUGAACGAAAUCUCAGAAACGUGCAGGGGGAACGGGGGCGAGAGUGCUUCUGACCCAGAUCCCCGCGCUGUGUGCCUCUCUGACCUGGAUGCUGAGAUUAGGAAGUCUUCCCUCUUCAAGCGGGUUGUGGAGCUGCUAUCGAGUCAGGAUGAGGAUGUUCGCAGCAAUGCGCGGUGUCUUGUGGGGCGACUGCAUGCAGCUUGGACGAAGACGAAGGCGAUGCCGCCAGAUGCCGACGCCCGAAAGGAGCUGACGGACUUGAUCCUUCACGAGCUCCUCCCACAGAGAUACUCAAAGAUUGAUGUGCUUAAGUCCAAAGAGAAGCGGAGGAAGUCUCUGCAACAGAAGGAUGCCAAGCUCUCUGCCUUUGAGGAGGCCAUCAUGUGUUACCGGAACUUCGUACGAGAUCAUGGGCACCGAUUUGCACAUGGGGCCGCCAACAUCCCAAAUGACUUGAGGCCAGCAGCACCAGCAGCGGGGUCCCUGCGCUCAGCAACUGCGCUCCUUGCUGGCGGGAUGGAUGCACCACCACCGUGCUCCUGGCAGGCAAGGCAGGUUUCCCAAGUGGAGGAAGAGGAGCUGGAGGACCUCCUUGGCUGA